CACGACUCCUCACACUUGAGUAAUUGAUCUCUCUCGACUGAAUGUGAGAAAUAUUAGAUGGCGAUGAUUGACAGUAUUUAUUCCAUGUUAGAGAUAUGUCCUGAAACCCAAGCCCAGAAUGACUACAGACUGCAGCGAAAAGCUUCUUCUUCCAGGCCUUCUCCUUCCUGUCUUGUGGCCAUAGCCUUGGGCCUUCUAGCCGCAGUUCUUACGAGUCUGCUGAUAUACCAGUGGAUCCUGGGCCAGGGCUCAAACUACUCCACUCCCACCAGCUGUGUGAGCUGCCCAGACCACUGGAUGAGGUUUGGCAACUACUGCUAUUAUUUCUCGGUGGAGGAAAAGGACUGGAAUUCUAGCCUGGAAUUCUGCUUAGCCAGAGACUCCCAUCUCCUUAUAUUCACGGACAUCCAGGAAAUGAAACAGCUCAAAGAUUUCUGCAGCAAGGAGUUUUACUGGAUUGGUCUGAGGAACAACUUUGGCUGGAGGUGGGAAGAUGGGUCAGCUUUCAACUCCUCAAGGAUUAUGUCUAAUAGCUUGGUACAGAAGUGUGGUGCCAUCAACAGAGAUCGUCUCCAAGCGUCUAGUUGUGAAGCUGUUUUACGAUGGAUCUGCAAGAAGGUUAGACAUUGAUGGAGGCCUUCCUGAGCCUCAGAUCUGUUAUAUAUUUCUAAAAAGGCUGACGACGCUGUUCGAGUCCCAGAUGCAGCAGCUUGAAAAACACGGGCACGUUGUGUGCAUGCCCAAAGUCCUGA